AUGAACCCAGAGAUCUUGAAACAUCCUUCAGAGGGAAAGCCAUUACACUCUGAUAGUAGUGACUCGUACGUCCAUGACGACAGCAGAGGCGUUACACGUGAAGUAUGGGCGAGGAAAACCGAAUAUAUGUUAUCUCUGAUUGGUUACUCAGUAGGUCUAGGUGUUCUCUGGAGAUUUCCUUACCUGUGUAUGAGGAACGGAGGAGGUGCCUUUUUGAUACCAUUUUUCUUCUUCGUGUCUGUUUGCGGGUUCCCUUUGUACUACAUGGAGUUAUGUCUGGGACAGUUUUCGGGGAAAAGUCCCCUGGUGGUUUGGUGCAUCUGUCCGCUGUUUAAAGGUUUGGGUUUCUGUAUGGUGAUCCUGUCCUUCAUUGUGACGUGGUAUUACAACCUGGUAGUGGCGUGGGUCUUGUGUUAUUUCUACUACUCAUUCUACCCGACUCAACCCUGGGCCUCGUGUGACAAUCACUGGAACUCUCCUGAGUGUGUAGUUAUUCGCUCAAAUUCGCCAGCACCGUCCAAUUCAUCACUGACAGAUCAGAAUGUAUCCAACACUACUGGAUUAAAUGGAACGCUCACCAAUCUGACCCAGUCACAGGUCCCUGUUGCUUCUAACGCUACGUUAGAUAAGGCACCAGUCCUACCGACAGCGGCUACAGAGUUCUGGAGGUACGGUAUCCUGGGUAUAUCCCCUGGAAUUGACCAGGUCGGAGGGCCACAGUGGCACCUGGUGGUCACCAUUUUCCUUGCGGCUGUCAUUACAUUUCUUUGUGUGGUGAGAGGUGUACGCUCUGCCGGUAAGGUGGCGUACGUCACGGCCAUUCUGCCAUAUUUUCUCCUGUUGGUGCUACUGAUACGCAGUCUGACGCUAGAGGGAUCACUCGAAGGUGUCAUAUAUUUCAUAAAACCAGAUUUCUCCAAGCUGCUAAAUUUCCAGGUGUGGUUCGAGGCGGCCCUGCAGGUGUUUUUCUCGUUGGGUCCUGCCUGGGGAGGUGUCAUCACCAUGGCUAGCUACAACAAGUUCAACAAUAAAAGUUUUAACGAUGCCGCAUUGGUCUCCAUCAUGGACACAUUCAGCAAUUUCUUCUGUGGGUUCGUGGUAUUCAGUAUCCUGGGAUUCCUAGCUCACCAGUCUGGUAGUACCAUAGAAGAUGUGGCCGAAUCAGGGCCGGGCCUCGUAUUCCAAGUCUAUCCCGAGGCCAUAUCGCGUCUGCCCCUUCCCAACCUGUGGGCAGUCCUCUUCUUUGUCAUGCUUAUUGCUGUGGGUCUCGACAGUCAGUUUGCUCAGCUAGAGACGGUUUUGGGAGGUCUACGGGAUGUAUUCCCAGGGACUCUGGGGAAAAGGAAGAACCUACUUCUGGUCUCAGUAUUCGUCUGUUUCUUCCUACUUAGCCUUGUAUUUGCCACCCCGGCUGGAAUGUACAUAUUUGUAUUGGUUGACUGGUACGCCACGGCUUACUGUUUCUUCAUCAUUGCCAUCUGUGAGUGCCUCGUCGUCGGCUGGUUCUAUGGAGCGGAGCGGUUUAGUCAUGACAUCCAGAUGAUGACGGGUAGGAGUGUCCACUACGUCAUCAGGUUAUCGUGGUGUAUCAUUACACCUAUAGCCCUCUUUAUAGCCUUGCUUGGAACAGUUCUUGCCUUCAAACCACCUGUUCACAAUGGGUAUUUGUUUCCUGAACACGCUAAAGCUAUUGGGGUUGUUAUAGGAUUGGUAUCCAUAGUACCCCUCCCAGUGAUGGCCCUUCAUGGGUUCUACUGCACAUCAGGAUCACCAGCAAAGAGACUGAAGGUUUUGUUGAACCCCAACCAAGAAUGGGGUCCUAACAACAAGACAGUUGGUUCUGUGUACGAGUAUUAUCGUAAUCAAGGCAGUCUCUGGACGCGUGCCAAGACCAACGUUUUUGGAGUGGGUCACUGA